GUAACGAGAUGUAACAUUCCCACCGCGACACACCCAGAGAUUAGGUCUGUAAUUGUGUUACCGCCAGACGGUGGGUGACGGCACACCGGCGGUCAUCGCCGCACCUGCUGGGAUCAUCACCGACUUGUCCCAGGACUCUCCUAGAUUCCUUGAUUGAUCACCAUGCCUGGAUCUCUUCCUGCCUCCGCUGAAGCCUCUUGGCCUAAAGAUGUGGGAAUUGUCGCUUUGGAGAUCUACUUCCCAGCGCAGUACGUAGACCAGGAAGAGCUGGAGAAGUUUGAUGGGGUCGGAGCAGGGAAGUACACCAUUGGCUUGGGCCAGUCUAAGAUGGGCUUCUGCUCAGACAGAGAAGACAUCAACUCCCUGUGCCUGACCGUGGUCCAGAGGCUGGUGGAGAGGAACAACCUGUCGUACGACUGCAUCGGAAGAUUAGAAGUGGGAACGGAAACGAUCAUCGACAAGUCCAAAUCUGUAAAGACUGUUCUCAUGCAGCUGUUUGAAGACUCUGGAAACACAGACGUUGAGGGCAUUGACACGACGAAUGCUUGUUAUGGGGGCACCGCAGCGCUCUUCAACGCUGUGAACUGGGUGGAGUCGAGCUCUUGGGAUGGACGCUAUGCCCUGGUGGUUGCUGGAGACAUUGCUGUGUACGCCACAGGAAGUGCCAGGCCAACAGGAGGGGCAGGAGCCGUUGCGAUGCUCGUGGGGCCAAACGCUACCCUCGUAUUAGAAAGAGGGUUGCGUGGAACACACAUGCAGCAUGCUUACGACUUCUACAAACCGGACAUGGUGUCUGAAUAUCCAGUUGUUGACGGGAAGUUGUCCAUCCAGUGCUAUCUCAGCGCAUUGGAUCGCUGCUAUUCCACUUACCGCAAGAAAAUCCAGGCACAGUGGCAGAAAGAGGGAAUUGAUAGGCCAUUCACUCUGGAUGACUUCAGCUUCAUGGUUUUUCACUCUCCUUACUGCAAACUUGUGCAGAAAUCUCUUGCUCGUCUGUUACUGAAUGACUUCAUUAGCGAUCCAAGUCCAGACACGGAGAGUGGAGUCUAUGCUGGCCUCGACUCAUUCCGGGAUGUGAAAUUGGAGGAUACCUACUUUGACAGAGACGUAGAAAAAACCUUCCUGAAGUCCAGUGCCGAAGUCUUUGAUCAGAAGACAAAAGCGUCAUUGUUGGUUUCCCGAGAGAACGGCAACAUGUACACCCCCUCUGUAUAUGGCUGCCUCGCCUCUGUGCUAGCUCAGUAUUCCCCUCAGCAGUUAGCAGGGCAGAGGAUUGGAGUGUUUUCCUAUGGAUCUGGUUUUGCUGCUACUUUAUACUCUAUUAAAGUUUCCCAAGAUGCCACGCCUGGCUCCUCUCUGGAUAAGCUGACUUCCAGUCUGUCUGACUUGAAAGCAAGAUUGGACUCCAGGAGAAACGUUCCUCCCAGUGUCUUUGCAGAAAACAUGAAGUUAAGAGAAGACACUCAUCAUUUAGCCAAUUACAUACCUCAGGGCUCUGUGGAUGACCUGUUUGCUGGCACAUGGUACCUGGUGCGGGUGGAUGAGAAGCACAGGAGGUAUUAUGCAUGUACCUCAUUACUGAAUGAUGGUCCUCUGGAGGCAACGCUGGAAUCGGUCCACUCAACAAACUCUAGUGAGCACUUCCCAAGCCCUGCUAAGAAGGUGCCAAGAAUCCCCACAGAGAAAGAGGCCAUUUCUGUCGAAAGCGGAGAGCACUGACAUGCCUCUUCCCGAACCGACGCAUUUCACGUUCGUGGAUUCAGAUACAAGAUCAACAACCUCCCUGCACCUUUAUCAUUUUUAACAGAAUCGCUACAGAAUAUAAAUGGUUAUAGAAUAACUAUACAUCUAUAUUGUACAUAGGAAAGGGCUUUAGCACCUGGUAUCGGCCGUCUUCAGAAUAUUUUCUAUCUUUUUUAAGAAAAUGUAAAAGGUAUUUGGUACCUUGGCUCAGUGCUUUGGUUAGCUCCACUGCUUUCUAGGUAUGAUUGUUCAGGGAAUGUCCCUGUCUUCUUUAAUCUGGAACCAUUGUGUUUUGAACAGUGAACCCGUCAUUUUAAACGUGUAAUUUGUCCACUGCCCACCCCAAGGGUGGCCACACGAAAGCCUCUGCUCUAUCAUUGUGCAGCACUUUACACAAGCUCUGUCGUGGUUGAACAGUGUCCGUGAAUUGCUCAAAUACACAAUUUCUCCUCUUGUUUCAGCAAGUCGUCCAGAAACCCGGUCUCUUACAGUAUUUAUUUUUUUCCUACCUGCCUGGGUUGUGUAUGUACAGAAUUGUCCCCAGGAGAAAGCUUUGACGAUCACAUUGGUGCUAAACAUUUUGGGUCAUACCAAACUGUAAAAAAUGUAGAAAAUUAAUGUAAAUUGCAUUUUUUUUUUCCAGUUUUGUUUAAUUUUCUUUAUUUCUUGUCUUGAACUCUUAUCGGUUCCUUACACCUAGUAGAAGCAGCCAUUUUGUACACACAUAGAUCCUAAAGGAAGAAGUACAUUUCCUUUAUACUUCUGUCCUCCUCGGGAUUUAGAGCAAUUGGAACUGCAGCCCACAAACGACACAAAACCAGUGACGUUAGUGUGGCCCGUUUCCCAUCGAGGUAACCAGUGCUGCCUCCCCUGUGUGAACCUGACCAGAAACUUCUUAAAGAAAUAUCCCUUAAAGGCCAUGUCCACCUUCACAACCUUUUAUAAUGUAUUGUAAUUGAAAAAUAAAACAAAUUUACAAGUA